ACUUGCCCUACUUACUUCCCCUAAUCUUCAAGAAGUGAGGCUUCUAAUAAAGCUCUCUUUAGACCAAAUAAAGACUUGCACUCUGUAACAUCAGCAACAUUUCGCGACUUGCAUAUUUCUUGAAUCUGUCCAACAGCAGCGACAAAGCUUGUUAAAACCACCUUGCCAUACCAUACCAUACGCUUAUUCUUAUUAUACCACUAUCUUAUUAUACCACUAGCAGGAAUGAAAUAUUUGGAAAACGCAAGUAGAUUCCACCAUCACUAUUGCGCGUAGCUUUCGGCGAUCCUAUUCCAACCGAGGUUUGAAAAGGGAAAACCAAAAAAAAGAGUUUUUUUUUAUUUUUUAUUCUUUUUAUUUUUAUUUUUAUUUUUUUUUUUUGUACAAUACAUCGCCAAAUUUCUAGAUCAUACAAAACCAAACCCAUACAGAACAAUUCGUUCACCAGCCUCAGCACGGGAGCAAACGCGACUCGGGUAAUUCAACCCGUCCUGGAACCGACCUUGAAUUAGAAUUGUCUUGUUUCUUUUUUUUCUCCAACCUUCCCCCGUCGCCCUCCACCAAAUAUUUUUAACCGUCAAUAAUAAUUCUCGCGAAUCUUGUGCUUGUUAUCUAGCGGGCAUAAUCGGUUCUUCAUGGCUUGCAGGUCGACCGGAAGAUGAACUCCCUCAAUAUAAUAUCCGCGCGCGUCUCCCCGACCUCGAGUCCCGCCCCUUCGCGAUCAAACUCCCUAAGUCAUAUAGGCUUGGCUGUCGCUCAGUCUGAUGACAACCCAACGCCCCCCGAGGAAACAUCGCCUAGCGAGAACCGCGCACCUAAUACCCAACCAAACGAUGGCACAUAUAACAGGGACGGCGACGUAACCAAUUUUCUCAGCGUAGACGAGAAGACUCCAUUGUUAGAUAAAAGCGAUGUUAAGGAGGCGAAUAUCCGUUAUUAUGCGUGGCACGUUAUCCCGGGGCGCAUAGCAAAUAACGUCAUAAAUUCUAUCCGUUUGGUUCUGUCUACUAUCGCCGCACCUGGAGUUUACCUUGUUGCUUGCUUCUAUGACGAACGAGGGAACUUCGCUCCCUUGCGACAAUUCGGAACACUUUUUGGUAUCUACGACGGCGACGCGCGCAAACUAGCAGCUGACUACCACGAGAGCGUCGCGCUCAAUGAAGAGAAGCAAGUCUCUUCUAAACGUUCUCAUCAAGGGUUACGAGGAAAGCAUGCUUUCGCGGCCUCCCGGCCGACGCCCUCUUCGGGGACGUCAUCCUCUGGUCUAUCGUCGGAAUCGGAAUCGGAUAUGGUUAGCAGAAAUCAAGGUGUCCGCCGUAGCUCCGCUUCUUCCGGUCGCCAUGCACGGUCUAAGUCUCUCGAUCCCCCCGAAGAAGGUUCGUCGACAAGGAGAUCGAUAAGAAUUAAGUUGAACAACGACGAGGCUAUGCGGCAGCGAAAACACAGGAAGGCUCAGUCUACAAGUACUAGUGGUAGCACCAACAGCGGCGAUACCUCAACAGAUUUGUCGGCUCAACUGAAGUCCCCUACGUCGCCUAUCGGUGGUUUGACAAAGUACCCCAAAACUCCUGCUCCUCCUAGACCGUUAAUUCCUCGUCGGCAACCUUCUUACGUUCCCUACGAACCUCUCGACCCGAAACAACUGAAAACACUGAUAUUGGAUCUUGACGAGACUCUGAUACACAGCAUGUCGAAAGGAGGCCGAAUGGGCUCGGGGCACAUGGUUGAAGUGCGGCUCAAUACAACGUAUGUCGGAAACGGAGGCCAGCAGGCCCUAGGACCUCAACAUCCUAUCCUGUACUAUGUUCAUAAGCGGCCGCACUGCGACGAGUUUCUUCGAAAGGUUUGCAAAUGGUUCAAUCUCGUUGUAUUCACUGCUUCGGUACAGGAAUACGCCGACCCCGUUAUCGACUGGCUGGAAUCGGAGAGGAAGUUCUUUUCUGGGAGAUACUACCGACAGCAUUGCACAUUCAGGCACGGCGCAUUUAUUAAGGAUCUGAGCUCAAUAGAACCAGACCUGAGCAAAGUCAUGAUACUGGACAAUAGUCCUUUAAGCUACAUGUUCCACCAAGAUAAUGCGAUUCCCAUCCAAGGCUGGAUCAGUGACCCUACGGAUAACGAUUUAUUGCACCUGGUGCCUCUCCUAGAGGGAUUGCAGUACGUUUCUGAUGUUAGAGCUUUACUUGCAUUGCGGGGCGGAGAAGACGGACAGCAUAUGAUGACGUGAAGACAACGAAAUCAAAAAGAAAAAAGAAAAAAAACUUUUUGAAAGGCAAAAGAACAUAGCGGGUGUUAAUUGGUAUUGGUGGGAGAAGGACUCGUUAUACCGAGUUAGCAUUCCAAGGAGCUCUAUUUUUACACACCAUUACAUGCUUCGUUGUACAGGUCUACGUUACUUACGUUAUGGCGUUAAUAUAAUAUUGUGUAUUGUACGUACUUUUUUUGUCAAUGGGAGCGGAAGCGGUAAACUGCGGAAGAGGUUGGGGUCCUGCAGCAAGGUAAACCGUGAGAACACUUGAAGCGUACGAGAGAGACGUAUCUUAAGUCCGAUGCAGUUAUAACGAUACAGUCGUCAGCGGGGAAAUGAUGAAAAGGUGAAAAGGGAAGUAAAUGCCAGUUGUUAUUCAAAAAUUGGGACUUUACCUUGUUUUGCAAAAUGGGGGUAUUCGUACAAUUUCACAUCGUCAUCAUUUCGUGAGCUACCA